AUGGCUCAAAAUGCUACUACCGAUCCAUCUGAAGUGACGGCGUUGUUCUCAAUAUUCAAGCAAUGGGACAUGCAAGCCCUGCCUAUCAGUGGAGGAGAGCAAUGCAUUGGAUUUGCCAUCAAUGGAAGCGAGUUCGAAAAGCCAGAGAAUAAUCCACCCACAUCACCAAACUGUUGUUGGGUCCUUAACAGCAAGCAGGCGGCACUGUUCAAAAGAAUGAUUUGGGAAGCAAUGAACAAGGACUAUGAUAAGGGAAAGAGUAGAAAACGAGCUAGAAUGGCCAAGAAAGCUGCUCCUGCUAAAAAGCCAGAAAAGGCUGUCAAAGUUUCUACUGUGAUGGAUACUAAGAAUAUACUAAUGUGA